AUGAAUGAAUAUGAAGGUGGCGGCGGAGGAGGUUUUUACUCCAGCGGCAGAAGUGCUCAGCAGUUUGGUGGUAACACUGGAAAGAGUGGAGAGGGUGAUAAAGGAUUUCUUCAGGGAGGAGUGGGUGGUAGAGCUAAGGUUAACGAUGCCGUUGGUGGAUUUGGUGGAGGUCGAGGUGCUCAUGGAGAUGCAGCAGGUGGGGAAGGAGGAGGAGGAGACUACUCUGGAGGAAGCAGUGGAGAUAAUGAAUUGAUUCCUGUGGAGGCGGUGGAGGAUCCUUCAAUGCUGGUAAAAAUCAACAUAAUGAAUGUUGCUAUCGAUCAUCUGGCCAUGGUCAGGUGA